AUGCGACCAAAAGGACAAGCACCAAACAGAAACGCAACCGUUUCCAAUCAAAACAAGAAAAAAAAUACGAGUAACAAGCAAAAAAUCAAUACAACUGAUUCUCAGCGUAUUUCCGCUCAAGAACAAUCAGCAGAAUCUAUUUCAAUGGAAAAUUUCAAUCAAAGUAACCAGGCAAAGAACGAUCAUGUAGAGAAGACACCACAUCCCAAUAUGUUUUCUAUUCUUCACGAUCAAUUUGAAGACGACGUCGACAAUCAACCACUAUCUAAUCGACUUGAUUUUCUUGCUGGUCAUCAACCAGCUGCCAAUCCUAUCACUGAAUGUGAUACUAGUGACGAUGACACAUCAGAAAACAACAACCAACAAAUUCAAUAUGCCGAACCAACGAAUCAAGAAAUAACACACUCCACAGAUAGUGAAACUGAAUAUGAUCAACCUCAUCACAACAUUUUGCAAACCACACGAAAUAAUAUCCAUUCAGAACAAGAAAUCCAUCACCCUCAACCGACUUUAGCAGAAGCUCUUAUUAGUCUCUAUGACGAUGUAGAUGAAUACACAACAUCCAACAUCGAACCACCGAUUAAAAAUCCAUUCGAAUUCGAUUUUACAAAACGACAAGUAACGAAUCUCCUUCGUCCUCCAAAACUUAUUUCAACCAAAUUAAACAUUGAUUCAACAACAUGA